CAUCACAACGGCACAAAGCUCAGUUCAACCCAAACUCAACUCAGAACAAGGACUUUGACUGUCCUAUUACUUACAAAAACUUUCAGAAGGGAUUAGUGUUAACUUUUUACCUUAUAAUUUUUUUUAAUCUGUAAGAAGUUUGCAGAUACUGAAAUAUAUUUAAGUCUAAACAAAACUUGUUGAUAUCUCAUUGGGAUGUUGGAUCCAUUGGGCGAGCUGAGGAGAACCGGUGGCUUUAGGCAAUGCGGUGGCCGGUUGUCUUGGCAGGUGCGAUGGGCUCUGUACAUCGUGUGUGUGUUGACGCUAAUGAACUCUGCCGGUCUGGUGCUGCUCCUCGUUCAGCAGAGAGACUUAUGGACUCAUCUGACCGAGGUGGAGCAGCAGAUGGUGGAGAUUUCUCAGAGCUCCGUGGUUGAAUUCAUGACGCAGGUGAACGGAGAUGAGGCCGAGUAUCAGCAUUCCAGAAACAAACGCAGGCGGCAUCAUCGAGGGACGAGGCCGAUUGUAGGGGACGAGUCAGAUGUGGAUGAGGAACUCAUGAGGGAUUUUCAGUAUCAGCACCAGAGGGAACACAGGCAGGGUUUUCAGCACAAAACAGAGGAGCAGGAAGGCAUGAUGAUGAUGAUGACUUACUCCAUGGUGCCAGUUAAAAUCCUGCUGGAUAUCUGCAACAGUAGUAAAGGAGUCUGUUUGACUGGCCCACCGGGACCACCAGGACUGCCAGGUUUGCCUGGUGUGGAUGGAAUGGCGGGAUUUAAUGGAACAGACGGAAUUCCAGGAUUGCCAGGAGAGCCUGGAGCUCAUGGAAAACGAGGAAAAAAAGGUCCUCCGGGUGAGAAUGGUGAACCCGGUAAACAGGGAGAAAAAGGAGAGCCUGGACCUCCGGGACCUCCUGGAGAGAAGGGCGAACCUUCAAAUGAUGUCUUUAUAGAAGGUCCACCUGGUCCACCAGGACCUCCAGGCCAACCAGGACCUCCAGGUCCCCCCGGGCCCCAGGGGCCACCAAGACACAGGAAUCACAGAUCACAUAUUGAUAUAGGGAAAGAGUCUGUGGGUCACCUCAAUUCAGUCCCAAAUGAUGACACCAUCAACCAGAAAAUGGCAUUACGAAAGACAAAUGACUGUGUUAUAAAGUCAGUGCUGAACCCCAGACAUCUGAUGAAAAUGAGCGACACUUUUGGUGCAUGGAUGAUGGACACUGCCGCUCAGGAUGAUGAGAAGAUUUGGGUAGCAGAACAUUUCUCAGGUCGUAUCAUAAAGGAGUACAACAGUAUCGCUGCGUUUCAGAACGGCAGCAGUGAAUCCAUUGACGUCAAGAAGUUUUUUCAAGGUUGCGGCCAUGCUGUACACAACGGCUCCAUAUUCUACCACAUCGCUGGAACACCAAAUAUUGCAAAGUUUGAUCUUCGAACAAAGAUCUUACACACCCUGAGCAUCGAGAACGCUCUCUAUCACAAUCUGUCCUACUUGCUUCAGAACUCCAAGACGUAUUUCAAACUGGCAGCGGAUGAGAACGGUCUGUGGAUCAUAUUUGCAUCAGUCACCGAUGACAAUAUCAUGGUGGCACGACUGGAUGGCAAGAGGUUCUCCAUCAGCACCUACAUCAACACUACGUACCCGAGGACCAAAGCUGGGAACGCAUUUAUCGCCUGCGGGAUCCUUUACAUCACGGACACUAAAGACACGAAGGUGACCCACGCCUUUGACCUUCUUAAGGGGAAGCCUGUUAGUGUAAGUCUGGAUCUGAGGGCAUCUGAAGGGGUUCUGUCUAUGAUCUCAUACAACCCCCGAGACAAACAUCUGUACAUAUGGGAUAGUAGCUACGUCAAAACUUACCAGGUUCAGUUUCUCUCUGACGAAUAACCAUGCAUUAUUGCAGUAUGUGUUUUGCAGAGUUUUGUUGUGUUGUGACUACUUAUAAGCAAAAAAUAACAAUUAAUUGCUAUAUUUGUUGCCCAUAUGCAAAACCAAAUUUCUUAAGUGAAUCAAAAAUAAACCUUUAAAAAUGACUUCAGGCUAUAAGAUGUCCAUACAGUAUACAGUGGUUCUCCAUCACAAUAACUAAAAAUAUACCAGAAUGCUUGGUAAAGGUUGUUACAAUGCAUUAUGGUUUGGUUUGGAAACCUUAUGAUUCAACCAAAGUCCAAGCUUGCUUGCCUGGUAAUAAUAAAAGCAUUCCCUAGAUGUAUUAUAUGAACAGUAAAAUGUUUGUCUGAUCCAUUACAGACAGUAUGAACUGCUGCCCUGUAGAACCGUACACUUUAUCAGUGUGUAGGUAAUCUUUCAAACAUUUUAUUUUAAAAUGCAGGUCUAAUGUAUUACAUUUGUGUUUAUUGAUGUAUGGAUUGUUUAUUGUGAAUAGAUCCAAGGUAUUGUCAUUGUAAAUGCGUUUUUUAUCCAAGACAAAUUUCCCGUUGGGGACAAUAAAUUGUGUGUCAAAACAAAAGUACUAUAUAUAUUAUUUUAUCAUUUAAAGGGGACAUGUCACAAGAUUUCGUAAAAUGUCAAAUAAAUAUUUGGUGUCGCCAGAGUACGUAUGUGAAGUUCUAGCUCAAGAUAUCAUAUAGAUCAUUUAUUAUAACAAGUUAAAAUGGGCACUUUGUAGGUGUGAGCAAAAAUGUGCAUUUUUGGGUAUUUCCUUUUAAAUGCAAAUGAGCUGAUCUCUGCACUAAAUGGCAGUGCUGUGGUUGGAUAGUGCAGAUUAAGGGGCGGUAUUAUCCCCUUCUGACAUCACAAGGGGAGCCCAAUUUCAAUGAGGUAUUAUUUCACAUGCUUACAGAGAAUGGUUUACCAAAACUAAGUUACUUGAUCUUUUUCACAAUUUAUAGGUUAAUAGAAGCACUGGGGACCCAAUUAUAGCACUUAAAGGUGGGGUGCAUGAUCUCUGAAAGCCAAUGUUGAUAUUUGAAAUCACCUAAACAAACACGCCCCUACCCCAAUAGAAUCUGGACCUUCUUUUGAUAGACUCGCCCCACACAUACGCAACCCCGGCAAGGAUGUCGUUUAGUAGACAUGCCCUGUAAGACAAUUUCCUGAAUAAAGAUAGCACCUCCCCAAAGGGCACUGCAUGGGGGCAAAGUGAGUGCCCGGGAAAGCAACUCUCCACGAUUCACAGUGGACUUCUUACUGAGACACAUUUGGGUUUCAAAGACACACCUUUAGGGUGUCAUACAUUUGUAUUCUUUUCUCUCAAAGCAAACUGUAUAUGAAAUGCUAUAUGCACAAAGAAUCUAAAAUCUGUAUCUUAUUUGUUUUUCAUUGAAAUAUCUCAUUGCAAGUGGUUACAAUGGUCUUACUCAUAUAAAAACAGAAUUCAAUGUUAAAGUAUAAGUAAAACUUCCUCUAAUGUUGAUAGACACCUCCUAUUCUAAACAUAAACCAAUCAUCCACUGUAUGCAAACUAAGGACAGCCCUGAGUUUUACAACAACCAAUCAGUAACAAAUUCCUACAUGCUUUGUUCUCUGGAUAUUUAAGGGAAUGAUGUAAAAUAGUUCAGGGGGUCUUUCUGUACAUGGAAACUCACCCCCAAAGAUACAGCAUCAUGUAUUUUAUUUUACUUUGAGAAAUCUGUAACCAGAUAUUCAUCAUUUGCCAGGUAUGCAUUAUUCUCAUUUGAUUAUAUUUGUUUCUUCGUAUUUGAAUUGGAAUGUAAAUUGGCUUCUGAAUUAUGUUUUUCCUACCUGGUCAAUAAAUUGUUAUGUUUGAUUUUA